GCUGCCACAGUCAUUAGUUUCUACAUUUGAAAACUUAAUAUUAAUAAUGGGUUCCUUUUCACUCCCGAAGCUAGCUAUCACUCCUUUUGGAAUGGAUCCAAGUCAUUCGACGAUUUUGAGUGAUGCUGCUCAACAUGGAAACAUCCCGGCAUUGUACUUGGCAAUAAAGACGAAUCCAGAAGUUUUGGACAAGAUUGAUAAGAUUCCAUUUUCUGAGACUCCUUUACACACGACCGCAUCAGUAGGACAGACAGAGUUUGCCAUGGAGAUAAUGAUGUUAAAGCCAUCAUUUGCUAGGAAGCUUAAUCAAGAUGGCUUCACCCCCAUGCACCUUGCUUUGCAAUUUAAACAAACCAAACUUGUGCUCCGGCUACUUGAUGUCGAUAAAGACCUUGUCCGUGUCCAAGGAAGGGGGGGAGUGUCUCCUUUCCAUUAUGCAGCCGAAAUUGGAGAAGAAGAUCUUUUGGUUGAAUUUCUAAAUGCCUGCCCAAAAUCUAUUGAAGAUGUGACAAAUCGAAAGGAGACAGCUCUCCAUAUCGCCCUUAAAAAGAAAAAAUUCGAUGCUUUUAGGUUACUGGUGGGUUGGCUUCGGCGGUCCUGGUUUAUCCAUUCUGCCUGGAUGGAAAAGAAUUUGCUGAAUUGGCCCGAUGACGAUGGCAACACUCCGUUGCACCUUGCUGUCUCAACAAAUGAUGCCGAGGUCGUGAGGUGUUUUAUGAAUUGUAUAUCAGUUGACAUGAACAUAAAGAAUUCGGCAAAUCAAACAGCUCUUGAAAUCUUGGAACAGAUGCAUGGAGCCAAUAAUUACCGAGAGACCAUUAAGGAUAUGAUACAUCGUCCCAAGAUUUUCCUGUCAUUAUUCCAGUAUCUAUUCCCGUAUCCUUCUCUUCCUGGAGUUGCACAACUGAGAACUUUCUUAAGCUCUCGUUUCUCAAUUUCUGAGAACUAUUACAUAUUCAUGUUUCGUCAGAAUAUGGAGGUAAGCAAUGAUACGCGCAAUAUGCUGUUGGUGGUUGCUACAUUGGUUGUAACAGUUACGUACCAAGCAGCUCUGAGCCCCCCUGGAGGAGUUUGGCAAGAUGACUUCAAUGCUGAAGCCGGUACUGGUGCGAGUGAAUUAUUAGUGAGUCCACCCUCACAUCAUGCAGGGAGGGUAAUCAUGAGCACAAAAAAUUCAUAUCUAUUCUUCACUUUGAACACUCUAACCUUCUUUAUGACCAACAUGACAAUAAUCUUCCUCCUCCCUCUUGGUAAAUUUACUCGCUUUUUGGUCAUCUUACCUCUUUGUGCCCUCACUUUCUGCUAUUGUGCUUCAACUUAUAUCAUUUUCCCUACAGAUUCCUCCCGCGUUAUAAAUUAUUUACUGCUGCUCCCUUUGGCAUCUCUUGUUUUCUUGAAUUAUUUUUUGGUCGGGAAGCUAACAAACCUUAUACAGCCUUUUCAUCCUAUAGCUCAAAAUCUUCAUCCAAAAUUUACAAGGGGUUGGUUUUAA